UCGCGCAGAGCGGUGGGGCGCCGGGGCUGAGUGGUUGCUGGGGGCUUCGGAGCGCUUCAAAACAAAGCGUUCGGUCGCUCUUUUUUUGCCCCGGACCUUCUUGUCUCGGGCGACUUUUGUUGCUCCACGGGGAUAAAGCGUCGCAGCCACUGCUUUGUGCGUCCCCGUACUGUCCCAGCCAUGGUGAUGUUCAAGAAGGUGAAAAGCUUCAUGGUGGCCUUCAGCGAGCCCGACAAGGUCUAUUGCAGCGGGGACAAGGUGGCCGGACGUGUGCUGGUGGAGGUGGCCGAGGUGACCCGCGUCAGCGCCGUCAAGGUGUUGGCAUGCGGCGUGGCCAGGGUGACCUGGGCCAGGGGGCCGGCCCAGUGCCGCCAGGAGAUGGAGUACCUGCGCUUCGAGGACGUGCUGGCGCUUGAGGAACAGCCCACGGAUGAGGAUGGCUCUGUUAUCCUGAGACCUGGGAACAAGUAUGAGUACAAAUUUGGCUUUGAGCUGCCCCAGGGGCCACUGGGCACCACGUUCAAGGGGAAGUACGGCUGCGUGGAUUACUGGGUGAAGGCGUCUCUGGAGCGUCCGGCCUGCCCCACGCAGCAGAUUAAAAAACGCUUUGAGGUGAUGGAUCCUGUGGAUGUGAACACCCCCGAAUUGCUGUCUCCAGUUGCAGCCAAGAAGGAGAAGAAAGUGUCAUGUAUGUUCAUCCCCGAUGGACGUGUGUCUGUGAGUGCCCAGAUCGACAGGAAGGGUUUCUGUGAAGGCGAUGAGAUCUGUAUCAAUGCGGACUUUGAGAACACCUGCUCCCGCAUCGUGGUGCCCAAGGCAGCCAUCGUGGCCAAGCACACGUAUUUGGCCAAUGGUCAGACCAAGGUCUUCUGCCAGAAACUCUCCUGUGUUCGUGGCAAUCACAUCAUCUCUGGUACCUCCGAAUCCUGGCGUGGCAAAACCAUCCGUGUGCGGAAGCUCAAACCCUCUAUCCUGGGCUGCAACAUUCUGCGUGUGGAGUAUUUCCUGCAGAUCUAUGUCAGCGUCCCAGGCUCCAAAAAAAUCAUCCUGGAGCUGCCACUGGUCAUUGGGAGUCGCUCGGGCAUUGGGAGCCGCAGCUCCAGCAUGGCCAGUCAGACAAGUUCUGAGAUGAGCUGGGUGGACCUGAACCUCCCGGAUGCUCCAGAGGCCCCCCCGUGCUACUUGGACAUCGUUCCCGAGGAUCACCGGCUGGAAAGCCCCACCACACCACUCCUGGAUGAUCCCGAUGGAUUUGAUAGCCCCAUCUUCAUGUAUGCACCCGAGUUCAAGUUCAUGCCCCCCCCCACGUACACGGAGGUGAGCGCGGCGCCGGCACGGGACGGGCCGGGUGGAUCUGGGAUCACCUGCCUGGAUCCCUCACCUGCUUCCUGCUCCAUCGCCCAGGUGGAUCCCUGUGUCGCCAACAACAAUGUCCAGUGAGCACCACCCCGGCGGGUUGCUCCCACUUUUCUGGACUCGGCUCCAUGUGCCACACGCCUGCAGCACAUCUGGCCCCACACCUGGAGGGGAAGUGCACAUUCCCAUGGAACUGCCACAUUCCCGAGGAACUGCUGCAUUCUCGAGGAACCACUGUUGCAGGGCCAUCCUGGGCACCCCAGCACUCUGAGCUGGCAAAGAAGCCGCAAGGACUGUGGGGUAGACAAGGCAGAUCUGGCUGGAAAAGAGCUGGAAAACCUUGGCUGUUGUGACUGUUGGAACACACUGCCUGUCCUUGCCUUGUCAUGACUUGUGAUGGGCAGGAAAUUCUGGUUUUAACUAAUUCCAUCCUAAUUCUGUAAUUCUGGGUGCUGCUCUGGCUGCCCUGCACUCCCGCUGAGGGAGGGGGACACUGUGACAUCGUGAAUCCGUCCUGUCGCGACAAACCUGUUUUGUGACCGGCACCUUUUGUACUCUUCGGUUUUGUACAUAGUAUUUGGGGGGGUGUGGGGGGGAAGCACAAAAAUGCAAGUUUUGUACCUUUGUGUGGCCCCUGGGGGGCAAAGUUUGUAAUAAACAAAUGAAAUGGUG